AUGCGACUAUGUCUGACAGAUACAAAUGAAUAUGAAUUGACAUGCUGUUCAUUGAAUCAUAAUAUUCCGUCUGAAAUUGAUACUGCGUCAUGCUUAGCGAUAUCUGAUACUUGUUUACUUCUACUAAAUAGUGGUACUGAUCAACUUCAUCUAUUUGAUCUCACAUUAUCAACAUCAAAACAACAUGAUAUUAUUUGGCCUAGUGAUACCUAUGGGACUAUUCGAGAUAUUUGUUGGUCAAAAUCUAUAAAUUCAUUUUUAAUAUUAGGUGAUGAAGUUGUAUGUUCUUAUUCUGUCGAAUCUAAUCAAUUAAUAAUUCAAUUUAAUUCUACAUCUAUAUACGAUCGUUUUUGGUCAUUCACUGUUCUUGGUCAUGAGACGUAUAUUCUUUGUCGACAUGAUGCUCUCUAUCGUUACUGUUUACCAUCAUGGACAUUAUCUCGAUCUUGGUCACGUACAGAUCUAAUUGAUGUAUACAGUACAGAUAAAUUUAUCCAACUAAUCCGAGCACAUCCAUCGAUGGGUAUCAUUGCAUUACUUAUACGAUUAAAACAUCAUCGUAAAUGGCGCAUUGAUUUAUUUGAUCGACGAAUGCAAAAACUUUAUUCAGGAGAAUCAAUACGUAUGGCUUCAGAAUAUCCAUUACUUAUGCUUCAACCAUAUGGACAAAAUGGACAAUGGGUUUUAAUGGAUGAAAAUUAUAUUUUAAUAAUUAAUUCAAAUGCUCGUUUUAUUCAACGUCAUCCUCGAAAAUGGAAAAAAGAAUUAGAACAAUAA